ACAGAGUACCGUGUCACCUACGGUGACAAACCCGUCUGGCUGGGCUACCGCCGCAACCACAAAGGCGCCAUCCCGCCCCAGCGCACCCGCAAGGCCUGUUUGCGCAAGGGGAAGCCAGUGGGAAACCCCUGCCCCAUCUGCCGUGACCGCAACCUCCAUGUGGAUUUUCGGAACGUGAAGCUCCUGAACCAGUUCAUCUGCCCCCACUCCGGUGUUGUCUUCCACCCCACACACACAGGGGUCUGCAUGAAGCAGCACAAGCUCCUGACCAAGGCCAUCGAGCAGGCACAGGACCAUGGUCUCCUAUGGCUCCAAGCACCCUAUGUGCCAGUCCCCCGGGAUGACUUUUCCAACCAACACCCGGCUGUUGGCAAGACCCCGCCAGCGCCCGUCCUGGCCCCCGGCCGCCCUUGGUACCCCUGGUACGAGUGGCAGCCUCCCCCCGCCGCCGCCGUCGCCCGCAUCCGUCGCCUUUACAAGGAUUACCUGAAGGAAGAAACGGCCCCACCGGCAGCAGGGACGCCCCCAGACAACCCUUCUGCCCCCUCCGUGGAGCACAGAGGGGAAUAAAAGCGUCUACAGCCCCCGCUAAAGACUCGCCUUCUUCCACUCAGGGAAACUGAGGCACGGUGCUGACAAGAUGGCGGUCGUGCCGCCAAAAUGGCUGCCGGGUCAUCAAAAUGGCCGCCGGGCCCUCAAAAUGGCGGCCCUUCGGGGUGGGCGUGUGGCGGGGGAUAUAUCGCGGCAUGCUUUGCGGUGGCAGGAAGGGGGGUGUUCCCAUCACGCUUCGCGGCGGAGCGGGAUGCCGGUUGCUAAGGGCGGAGAGU